ACAAGGACAGUGACAUAUAUAUAUAUAGUAUAGAGGCGGCAGAAAGAUGAAGAGGACAAAGAAUAUGAGAAGAGGACAAAGAGAGAUGCCCCCGAGGAAAUAACAGCAGUGUCGUAAUUCCGGUUUUGGUUUGGUCGCAUUCAUGGCGCUCCACGAGAGAGAUGAGGAAGAUCCCCGGUAAUAUAGGUUGGCCUCUCGUUGGAGAAACGCUCUCUUUUAUAUCAGAGUUCUCGAGCCCUUUUGGUAUUCUCAGCUUCAUGCAUAAGCGGCAGCAAAGGUAUGGAAAGGUGUUCAAAACAUAUGUUUUGGGCAGAUUCACAGUGUUCAUGACAGGAAGAGAAGCAAGCAGGGUACUGUUAUCUGGCAAAGAUGGAAUGGUGAGUUUGAACUUGUUCUAUACCGGAAAGCAAGUGUUAGGCCCAACGAGCUUGCUCACGACAAACGGCGAAGAGCACAAAAGGCUUCGACGAUUGAUCGGAGAUCCUUUGUCGAUUGAUGCCCUUAAAAAGUAUUUUGCCUUCAUCAACGACUUGGCGAUCGAGACGCUAAGUACAUGGCUUGGGCGAAAAGUUCUUGUGCUUGAGGAGGCUUCUACGUUUACACUCAAAGUGAUUGGGAAUAUGAUCAUGAGCUUGGAGCCAGCAGGAGAGGAACAAGAGAAGUUCCGUGCUAACUUCAAGAUUAUAUCAUCGUCAUUCGCGUCCUUACCGUUAAAGAUCCCGGGAACUGCUUUUUAUCGCGGCCUUAAAGCGCGAAAUCGAAUGUAUGCAAUGUUGGACUCAAUUAUUUUGAAGAGGAGAGACGGCGAGGUGGUUUGUGGCGAUUUUCUGCAGACACUCUUAAGAAAGCAUGCCAAAGGGUCUACGGAUGAGGAGGAGGAAAAAUAUAACUCUAAUAAGCUAACUGAUUCACAGCUUAAGGAUAACAUAUUGACUCUACUUGUUGCGGGACAUGAUACUACAACAGCAGCUCUUACAUGGCUCCUCAAAUUCCUUGGUGAAAAUCCUGAGGUCCUUCAAAAACUUAGGGAGGAGCACAUUGAGAUUCAAGGAAAAAGGAGCGGAAGUAGACAUCUCACGUGGUCAGAGGUCAAUAGCAUGCCUUAUACCAACAAGGUUAUCAGUGAGACUCUAAGGAAAGCCACCAUCUUACCUUGGUUUUCAAGAAAAGCUGCCGAGGAUUUCGUCAUUGAUGGGUACAUUAUCAAGAAAGGUUGGUCUGUAAACUUAGAUGUUGUAUCAAUCCACCACGAUCCAAGCAUUUUCACCAAUCCAGAGAAGUUUGAUCCAUCAAGAUUCAAUAAUCCGCUAAAGCCAUUUAGCUUCCUAGGGUUUGGUAAUGGGCCACGCAUGUGUCCAGGGAUAAACUUAGCCAAGCUCGAGAUCUGUGUGUUCAUCCAUCACCUCGUAUGCACAUACAAGUGGAAGCCAAUGGAUAAAGAUGAUUCAGUUCGUGCAAUGCUUGUUCGCAUGCCCAAGAAUAACUACCCCAUCAUUGUUGAAAAGUUAUAAAGUUUGUUGCAAAAUGAGGUCGUGCCCUUCUAAAAAAACGCCAGAUGAUCAUGAGCUUAUGUCUGUGAAGUGUGAGGAGUAAAUUUAGAAAGAGAGAACAAUAGAAAUUAUAUGUAAAAGAGUUUUCAUACUCAUUUUCCCUUCUACUGCAUGUUUGGG